AUGUUCCUUGAUGUCGCGCGCCAGUCCAAAUGCAGGUCCCCGGAGGUCGCGCGAGUUUUGAGGUUCGUCACCUGGCUGAACCGUGACGUGACCAUGUCCCGCUGGUUUGCAGACGUCGCCUCGAAAGACAACGCGCUGCUGUUCAUCACGCAGAUGCUGUGCACCUCUGGCCUCAGCGGCUACAUCGUCGGCCUGCUGCUGCGCCGAGGCAACGUGGAGGCCCUCCGGGGCCUGCUGGCUCAGUGGGUCCGGGCCGAGGGCUCCCUCGGCGACGUGGUGCAGACGUUCGCGGAGAAGCCGCUGGCGGCGCGGGCGCUGGCCAAGGUCAUUACCACCCCUGGCUUCUGGGACCGCCUGGUGUUCGGCAAAUUGGCGUUGCAGCCUGGCCUUGAGCUCGAGGUGCUCGCCAUGGAGGCCGUCGCGCUCGUGGGCGUCCGCGGCAUCCUCGAAGUGGUCCUGCCCCUGGCGGUCUCCGCGGUCGGCGUGGCCAUCACAAUCGUCAUCCUAGACAGCUUCAACCCCUCGGAGCUCGCGUCGGAGCUGGUGUCCCUCUUCGAGGCGGAGCCGCUCGCGGCCUGGGCCGCGACGGUGACGCUCGGUACCGCCUCCGGGCUGCGCGGGCUGGGCACCGCCAGCGGCGCUCGGCGGGUCCGCGCGCGUGUGCUGCGCGGAGGCCUCCCGGACGCCAUACGGAGCGCCUUCGGCCCUCUGCGAGGCUCUCCCGUCGCGGCGUGGCACGUCUGCGACAGGCCGGGGAGCCUCUGCCCGGAGCUGGAGCCUGGUCGCCUACCGUGCUCGGCUCCCGUGUCCGCCGUCCCCGACUGCGAGCACCCGGAGAAGCCUGCCACGGCCGUCAGGGACAGUGAGAAGUGCCCGCCGCUGCAGCACUUAGAGUGCGAGUCCCAGCGCAUGUGGCCCUGCGGCGCCUGCUCGCGGCGCGCCGCGCGCGGCGAUGGCGGCGCCGGCGCCUGCGACAGGGCGGUGGUCGGAGACUACAUGGGCGUCCAAGGGGCCAACCCGAAGCGCCUGGUAAAUCGCAAACCGCUCGGCCCUGGGCACCGACUGGUGGCGCCCAGGGAGAGCACCAAGGACGGCCCGCAACGGGAGCCCACCAGGGCCCAGCUCGACCGCAGACCAGCCACAUCUUCGCAGUUCGGGACCGGAGCAGGCAGGGAGCACGUCGGGGACGGGGCCGAGGGGGAAGGCGACCAACGGGAGCCCGUAGAGGACCUCGAGGGUGCCCCAGAAUUGAAUUCCAUCUCCAACCUCCAUUUUUUCCCGCAACUCAGACCUGCGCUCCAGGACGCCGUCAGGGAUGACUCCCGAGCGUCGGACUCCGACUAG